GCCCCCACUCCAGGCUCUGCUCACCUCCGCUCCCUGCUCUCGCCUCGCCGCCCCAGACCUGAAGGAUGUCUCUGGCGGACGAGCUGCUGGCUGACCUGGAGGAGGCGGCGGAGGAGGAGGACAACUUUGUGGAUGAGGAAGAUGAGCCGGCCAUUGAGGAUGUGCAGGAGGAGAUGCAGCUGGACCUCAGCGUCGACUCGGUCAAGAGCAUUGCCAAGCUCUGGGACAGCAAGAUGUUUGCGGAGAUCAUGGUGAAGAUCGAGGAGUAUAUCAGCAAACAGUCGAAAGCCACAGAAGUGAUGGGGCCAGUGGAGGCGGCUCCGGAGUACCGAGUGAUCGUUGACGCCAACAACCUGACGGUGGAGAUCGAAAAUGAACUGA